AUGAAUCGAGACAGAGCUAUUAACUUUAAUAGUUGUGAAAUUCACAUUCUUGUCGACUUGGUGUCAAAGGACCGCUACAUAAUUGAGAAUAAGAGAAAUGAUGUCGCCACAAACAAAGAAAAAGAAGCGACUUGGAACAAGUUAUCCAUAAACUUCAAUGCCGUGUCAGGGUUUACACCUAGAACGGCUAAGACACUUAAGUUGAAGUAUGAGAGUCUGAAAAAGGCGAUCAGAAGAAAGAUUUCCAGACAUAUCGAACUAGGCAAUUCGGGAGAGCCGAACCUGUCGGACAUUGAGAAGACAAUUCUUAACAUUUAUUCAAACGGCGUCGAGUCGCGAAAUGAUACUGAGAAUGUCAUAGAAUUCCGAGUGAAAAGUGAAAAUUCUGAUGAAGAUUUGAACGAAAGAAGUUUACUGAAGACGCCCGAGGAUGUUGACUAUGUUAUACCAGAUGUGAUGGACGAUACAACAGUUAUUGAAAACAAACGAAAAUCUAUCUCCAAAGGACAAUCUCAAAAAACAGUCAGGAAGAAAGUUGAUGGCAUCUCCAACAUAUAUUCAUCCAACGUCGCUUCCGCUAAGCUGGAAUUGAUAGAAUUACAGAAGAAUAUAGCGAGUAGGGAGCACGAUUUUGUUCAUGAAGAACAUAAGCUUAAAAUGCAGCAUUUGCUUAACGAGGAAAAAAGAAAACAAGAAAUUCACGAUUUUCUAUUAAGAAAACAAACAUAA